AUGGUCUCCGCCGUCCACGGCGUCAUGCUCACCACCGACGUCCCGAUCAAGCAGUACGUUCUCCACCUCGACGCCAUCGCCCCCGCCGAGGGCAAGUUCGUCAUCGCCGACCUGGACGAGCGCAGAGUGUUGAUUCAACCGGAGCGCGCGGAGCAAGUCAAGCGAGAGAUCGAGCGGUACCAACAGACGACGCAAUACGUCGCGCCGAACGCGAUGAGCAAGCAGUGA